GAGCCCAGUUGUAGGCUACGAUUUCGCGUCGCGAAAAUUAUAUUGCAUAUUAUUCAUUGGUGCAUCAAGUAAAUGGCUGAUAUUCUCCAUAAAUAAAGUGCACCGAUUUCGUCUUUACUCAACUUUACUGUAGUCGGAACUGCUUGACUUUUGGGAACUGGUCGCUUGGACUUAAACAUUGAGGUUUGGAAUCAAGUGCAGAUGGCAAUGAUGCUGCUGCUUCCACAGUUGCCCGUUGUAGUUGGUGCGGCUGCUGCUGGUUUUCCCGGGAUCUGAUUUGGUGCCACUUGCUAGCUGGUGCUGCCUGUUGCACUAUUACUGUUAGCCCGAAGUUGUGUUGCAGUUGGAGGAGCAGCGUUACAGUUUGGAAAAUCGGUCAAUGGAAACGGGCUUGUAAGCAGGUGCAAUCGCUUGGAGAGCCGCUACAAACCCAGACCCAGAGGCCAGCACAGAGCGGUGCAUGAGCAUGUCGCUAAAGAAAGAGACGCCGUCGGAUGUGCAGCUGCACAUGGCUGCCAUGAGGGGCGAUGAAGUGGCUCUGCUGAGAGUUCUGGACAGCGGAAAAGUUCAUGUGGAUUGCAAGGAUGAGGAUGGAACGACUCCGCUUAUUUUGGCUGCUGCCGGAGGUCACACCUACUGCGUGAUGGAGCUGCUCGAUCAGGGCGCUGAUCCCAAUUCUCGGCGCUUGACCGGCACCACGCCGCUCUUCUUUGCCGCCCAAGGUGGUCACCUGGACGUAGUGAAGAUCCUAAUGAAGGCCGGCGCCAGUGUGGACACACCUUCCGCCGAUGGGGGCACACCACUCUUUGUGGCUGCCCAAGGCGGGCAUGUGAAAAUAGUUCGAGAGCUUCUGGACUGCGGAGCAAAUGUGAAUGCCCACAUGAAGGAUCGUGCCACGCCCGUUUUCAUAUCCGCCCAGAAUGGGCACCGUACAGUUCUGUCGCUGCUGAUUCAGGCGGGUGCAGAGAUCGAUAUCAAGCGCAUCGACGGCGCCACACCCCUUUGGAUAGCCGCCCAGAUGGGCCAGGAUCACAUAUGUAAGGUGCUGCUGCAGAAUGGAGCAAACGUGGAUACGGUGCGCUGCGACGGUGCCACUCCGCUCUUUAAGGCCGCCCACAAGGGCCACGCGGCGGUCAUCACGGUUCUGCUCAAAUACCGCCCCAAUCUCGGCCUGCUGCCCAAUGGGGAGACGGCACUCCACGCGGCGGCCAUGUUCGGUCACAUGACCGUCUGCAAGCAGCUGGUCGGCGCCGGCAGCGAUGUGUUGAUGAAGAACCAGGAGGGUCUGACGGCCCUGCAGCUGGCGCACCAACAGAAGUACACCUCCAUCUGUGAUUACCUCCAGGAGCGGGUUCGGACGAUGGUGGCGCGCAGCGCAAAGGCGAUGGUCACGUCCGGAGUUGGUUCUACAAUCCCGACAAUGUCGGCGUAAGGGGAUGUCCGCGAAUCAGAGACCAUGCCUCCCAAGUACCUUUAUGCACAAUACGUUGGCCUUUUUGCUUAUGUUGAAAGAGAAAGAUAAGUGUAGAGAGAGUGUUUAUGGCAGAGGUGCUUGCACAGUGUCCGCGAGGGUCCCGCGGUCUGCGGGACUAUGGGAAAACGAGGGAUAUGGAUUGGCGAUGAAAUGGUAUGACUUCUCUCUACCCACUGGGAGCUUCAGUCGCGUUACUGUUAGUCAGAGUUAACCAUAACCCUAACUGGCAUAACAUUCAUUUUGAUUCUCAACUUUCUAGAGAGAUUUAUCAGUUAAACGGUUAACUGUUAGCUCGGUUAACUGGUUAAGUUUUCUAUCCUUACUGUUUAGUUUACUGGAGUUAACAUUGACAGGAAAAGGAGAAAAAUCAAAGUCCAGAUUAAUGCUAAAUUAAAUUUGAUUGAUUCUACAAAAGUCACCAUAGAGAGAAACCAAGUCAAAAGGCAUCCCUAUCCAUAUCCCCACAUUUGCGUGUGCCAUAAACACUUAAUCUAAAAACUAAUUAUCCCAAUAAAAAAUCCACUAGUACGAACACGUCCAAGCUAAACUAAAUGGCAAACCCCAUGGAAAGCAAACUAUAUAUAUAAUACAUAUAUUAGAUAAACCGUAUCAUCCAUAUUAACAACCACUUGGAGCUUGUAUUUUGAAUUUAAACAUUAACCAUAACAAUAAUGUUUAGCUAUUAUAAAGAAUGUUAACAUGGACCCAGAAUGAUAAUGUUACAAUGUCCCCUGUACAUAACCAUUAAUAUACACACACACAUACUAAUAUUUAAUUAUGUAUAUUUAAAACUACUUAUAGUCCUACUUUAUCCCUAAGCAAUUGUUGACAAGUGCUUUACGUUUAAACGCCUUUUUGUCCCUAAAUUAGCUAUUAAUAAUAAUUACACUGAAUGGGUUUUGCUUAAUUUUCUGUAAACUAGAUACGACAAUUAAUUACUUCCUUACUUUAUUACGAUUUAAGUGUAGCCCACAAUUUUGCAAGUUUAAUAAAAUGACACACGAUUACUGCAGA